CGUUCCGAGAAAGAGAGAGCAUCCCGGCAUACCCACAAAGCAUCCAAACAGCGGGAAUUCCACGGACGAACGAAAGAACCAACCAACCAACGAACAAACCAACCUCCGGAGCGGGCAGCACGCACGAACCACCAUGGCAGCAAAGGAAAGCACCACCAAGCGAAAGUCGCCCGGGGGAAACCACAAAGACUCCCUCGCCACCAAAAAGCACAAACACGGGAACGAAAGCGAGAACGAAAACGAAAACGAUGGCGGGGAAGCCCGGGAGCUUUCCAGCAGCGCCCAGAAGCGGCUGGUGCGAAAGGAACGCCAGGCGACCCGCCGCCACGCCGAGUCCGUCACGGAGGCCAAGGCCCUGUGGAACAAGCUCCGGAUGAAGACCAACACCAAAGAGGACACCCAGAAACUCAUGGAGAAGGUGAUGGACCUCAUCCGCGGAAAGGUGAGGGAGAUCGCCCUCCAGCACGACGCCAGCCGUGUGGUGCAGGCGGCGAUCCAGUUCGGGAGCGAUGCACAGCGGAAAGAAAUCCUCGAGGAAAUCUGUCGAUCGGAGGGGAGCCUGGGGGAAAUGGCCAAGAUCCAGUACGCCCACUUUGUGUCGCUCAAGUUCAUCAAGUACUGCGCCAGGGACGAGGCCAGCGUCAAGCUGAUUGUCAAGGUAGGUUGCGCGAGACGAGACGAGACGAGACGAAUCCGCAUCUGUGUUCGUUGCCAACACCAGCUCUACUAAAUCACAACUAUUUUGCUCACUAUUUGUUUUGUUCCUUCCGAUUGCAUUUUAGUCGUUCAAGGGAGAAAUGCCAAAACUUGCCGUUCACGGAGUCGGAGCCCGGGUUGUCGAAUCGAUUUUUCUGAAUCUCCCUUCCAAACUGACGGCACCGCUGAAACAAGAGUUCUACGGUCCCCAUUUUAGUCUCUUUGCAAAGGAUCUGACCAGUGCCCCGAGCCUAAAGUCCAACAUCGAAAACGCAAAAACGGAAACACAGAAAAAGUCGGCGAUCGAUUUCGUCCAGGCCAUCAUCAACAAGGGCAUGACCAAGAGCUUUUACGGAUUCACCUACUUUCAGCAGCUGUUUGCGGAAUACGUCGAGGUUGCCGACCCCAGCGAGAUCCGAAGCAUAUCGUCGUCCGUCGCCGAUCAUUCCAUUCACCUGCUGUCGACCCGGGUCGGAACGCGCGUCGUUGCGGCCUGCGCCAGCUACGGCACCCCCAAGGACCGCAAGCGCAGUUGCAAGAGUCUCAAGGGAUACACGAGCUCCUCGCUCCUGCACAGAGAUGCCUACCUCGCCCUGCUUCGAUUGGUGCAGGUGACGGACGACACCGUCUCUAUCCAAAAGAGCGUCCUGAACGAGAUCCUGACCAAACCAAAGGAAGGCAACGACGAGGAAAACGGCGCCAAAAACGGCCUGCUGGAACUCGCGCUGAGCGACACCGGAUCGAAGCUCUUCCUCAUGCUCCUGGUAGAGGACGACGAGAGCCGGAUGAAAUACUUCGACCCGUACGAGCGCUCCAUUCUGGAACCGGUUGCCACGAUACGAGAGAACGGAAAGGACGUGCCGACGUCCAAGAAGGAUCCGGACACCCGGCGCAGGGAACUCCUCAAGCACAUCAGGGACGCCCUGCUGGAAACCUGCACGGACCACGCCGGGGACCUGCUCCGGUCGCUCCCCGGCUCCCGCGUGCUCAAGGAGGUCUAUGCGUCCGCCCCGAGCCAGAAGCUCGCGGACGCCGUGGCAGAAACCUGCGCGACAUCGAUGGACGAGGUCUUCGAGGACCCCAUAGCGCACCGGUCCGUCAAGAGCCUGGUCCUGUGCGAUUCCGAGAGCGACGAAAAAGCCGCCUGCGUUUCCAGGGCGCUCGUGGACAAGCUGGGGAAAAGGCUUCCGGACGUUGCACGAUCCAACCGCGGUGCCUUUGUCGCGGCGGCACUCUUUCGGGUGCCGGGCGUCAAGGACGAGGUGAAAAAGGCGUUUGGUGCCAACAAGAAAAAGAUCGAGGCCAAGUCGAAGCAGAAGGGCACCACCACCGCGGGGUACGCGGCUCUCUUGAAAGAACUGUCGAACUAGGAUGAGAAAGAGAGACAGACAGACAGAGAACAACACCGUUGGGGUCGCACCGCGAUCGUUUCGCAAUCGGAAUCGGCUCGCAAACACGCACCACCGUGGGUUUCGAAAUCGCACGAAAACAAAACCAAGCGCUAGAAACUUGUAACUGCAGUAUAUAAUAUUUUUAGAAGCUUCGAACGACCAUUGAAGUCUUGCAUCACUUCCGAAAGCCCUUGCAGAAAUCCCUUUCUCUUUAUCGUUUCGUUUAUAUGUAUAUUUAUGUAUAUUUUGGAGUUUCGGAACACUCCGCACGUGUGCACACGGUUUUAACGCAUGUGAUUUUGUUUCGCGUAGGCUAACUGUCGGAAGGCGAUUUUCGGGUUGAACAGCCCAUGGCGCGCCAUAUUGAUCGAACAUCAAAGUACACGAAAGUUGCACAAAGACCUCCGAAGUACGACGCGCUGUAAUUCGUUGUUUACGAUGAGAAGCGAACAAAGUUUGUUUACUAUCGUAGAAUAUUAGGGAACGAUCAACGCGUUUGGCACAGCAUCGGAUACAUAGUAGCAGUAUGAAAGCAACAUCGUAAAUAUAUAUGUAGUUUACAGAACUAAUCUUGAGAUACAUGGCAGGAGAAUGCACAUCUGCCUCGGACGCGCUCCGGUUCCGAACCGGAGCGUGUCUCGGGCAAACAUCGUCCUUUUGUCUGGUGUUUGUUGUGUAACAGUAGAGUACAGGUGGAAGCAGGUGGCGUUCGUUCGGCGACUAGUACGCACCUGCGUUCCGGAACGUUAAGGAGGAAGGAAGUUCAUCCAUCGAAACUAAAAUCGAGGUCUAUCCGACCAGCGCUCUGCCGCCUUGGUUUCAGCUUGAACGAGGGAACCAGUGGGUGAGCGGCAGAGGCUCUCCCGGAGCCUCCGGUAGCAAGGUCUCUUCGGUGGUUUGGUUUUUCGUUUGUCCGAAAGUACGAUGGGAGCGAUAGCUUUUCGGAAGAAGGCAGUGGCUUCGCCGAUAACUUGGAACGCUUCGAGUUCGAAGACUUCCUCUCCGGUGGCAGAGGUGUCAGCGAUCGGCGUUCGCCCUGGCACGAGGUGUCCGAAGGUGUUUUGCAAGAGAACGAUUUGUGUCCCGGUAUCGGCAUGGGUGGAAGCCUCUUCGAUUGGUAGUCCAUCUUGUAGUGUUGGGGUCGUGGCACCAUCUUGUUUAUUGUACAAUAAUUUGUUUGUGUGUUA